CGGCGUGAAACACCGAACCGAGGGCAAACUGCCCGGACCGGCGCCUGGGUACCACGUGUUGACCGCUUCAUGCAGUUUCUUCGACAUCGAGAUCGACGUCAAGUUCAACAUGUCGUGCAGCUUCUACCAUAUUUUUCUACCAUGUAGUCACGCUCGACACCGCUUCUAUUAUUUGAUGAGAUUUGCAUGGAUGCUGCAGCGCUAGCAACCUAAAGAGUAUUAAAAGUGGACGAGAAGAAACUCCUCCUAUCCACAGGUCUUACAACCCGUCCCAAAAUUUGGUCCGGUCUCGAUCAAUCGGCGCAGGUAUGCAAGGGAACAAGGAACAUCUCAGGAGAGAGAAAAACUUGUGAUGCGUCCUUUGCAAAAUGCUGGUUGUCUCGAUGAGGCACCUGCGACACCGCAACUACUGCAGGUCGUUGCAAAAGACCAGGCAUGAUCUUAAUCCAGGUCGGCAUCACAAGUGAACUGCUUAUUGCAGUUUAGUCUCUAUCUCCGAUUCAUUUUCAUACCUUUCAGUAGCCGUGCCCCGCGGGAUACCACACAAUGGCUGGUGAGGAACAAAAAAAUGAACGUUCCCAUGAUAAACCUGCGGGAAGACCGAACGAGCUCUGCGAUGCUUGGGAAUAGGAGCUUUAACUACGCUAGCAGGAUAGCGGUAUGACUCUUUUUGACAUCAUCUUCGAUCGUAUGCAUGACAAAAUUUCAUUGCCAUUUCUCAUUCCCCAUGACAAACUUUUUACACAAAAAUAAAACUUUUGUCCUAACAGACGCCGUCCAAGCUGCGACAGGAGAUUACUUCGCCCCUCGUUCGCGACAGUGGGUUUUCUUUGAGCAACAGUAGCAACUACUACCCGCUAGCAGUGAAAAGAGACCUUUCCAGGGACUAUAACCUCUCCGACUACGCGUCCCGUUCGCGGUCCGUCAGCCCCACAAGGAUGGACCAAAUGGAAGCUUUCACGAGUCAAUUAGAUAGAAGUGUUGCGGGUACCAGUGUAGGAGGAAUGAAUAACAAUAACCUCUCCUCCCUGCAAGACUACGAUCCCUACAAUACCCUCGCCUCCACAUCCUACCAAAACCCGGCUCUCUACGUCCCCCGAAUCCAGGAGCCCCGGCCCGCCAGUCCGCUGCAUGCCCAAACCCCCAGCACCGCGACUUUUGUCCGGGCUACAGAACUUGGGGGAGAAGGACAAGGACCUCCUGUGUCCCCGAAUAGUAGCAAAAAGACGGCAACCUCUAUGGGACUCUCAACUGUUUUUACAUUCUCAACUGUUACAUGAAUUUGUAAUGCAAGAAUAUCAAAAGUCAAAGGAGGGGGGUUGGUUGCACAUCCAGCAUUACAAAGUCCGCACAGGUUUAGAUGCUGUUUAGCCCUUCGGGAAUUCAAUUUGUUAUGCGAAGUAGCUUGAUCCUGUGGUGGCUUAUGGCAAUUUUGCAUCACAAAUUCAUGUAACAGCUGAGAGUGUACCGUUUGCGAACGCCAUAACCUCGGUGAAGUCACAAGCUUCGAAACAAAAUUUUUACAGCAACUAUGCCUACCAGCCGAAACCGCGGCACUUCUACAAGGAGGAGCAGAAAACCAGAGUAAUGGGACAAGACCCGGUAAUUUUGUCAGCAAGCAAAUCGACGGCCGGUGGGAGUGCUGCGACAAUGGUAGGGUCCAAAGCAUCAAGUCGAAAGCCGGUGCAGACAUAUACGAAGAACGGGAAGAAGGUACCUACUAGUAGUGGUACGAUUCCAAGCGUAGCACUUUUCUAAACUUGUACUUGAACAUGUCAUGCACCUUCUGCAUGAAGUUGAAGACGCACACGCACGUGCUUGUCCAUCUUUGUGAAGAUGCACACUUACGUAUACUUUACACCAUAUCUUCAUCUACCAAAUACAGAUCCCGGGAUCCCGCAGCGAGCACGUAAUCAAGCGCGCCUACGGCGGUGGCAUGGUAACCGACUACGGGAAAACCGAUAAUCACAUCGCCUUGAACUACGUAGGUCAGCCGAAAAAUACCCUUUCCCCCGCUUCCUCCGCGAAAAAAAUCAACCAGAUUAUCAACCAGAGUGAAAAACGACUGAAGUUGCAGGAGGAGGUUAGGUUAACGAUUCUGAAAAACCGCGAGGAUUUAGAAAGACGGUUCCGGGGGUUGAAGACAAAGAGAAACGAAAUGGCACACAUGAAGCUUGUUGAGCUCGAAAACGCGAUCAGCUCGGGAGCCGGAAUUGUUCUAGGGUCUACUACUAAUACCUACUCCCGCGGGGCGACACCAACUUCGCCGAAUAAACCGACCGAAUUUCAACUCGCUUCAAACAUCUAUGCGGAGAGUCACAGCGCGAAGAACACCGCGGAGUCCUUUCAAGUGAGUCCGACGAGUGGGAAAAUUAGCAGAACGAAAUCCCCCGGCGGGGGAAGUAGUAGUAACGCAGGUGGAAGGAAAAAUCCGCGGAGCCCGGGGGUUAGGGGAACGAGUACGACGAAUAAGUUUAUGCACCAUGUCAUGGCGAGUCAGAAUCGGUGGGAUCAGCACUUUAUCCUGUGCAAAAGUAUCGUACUCGUAUAAAUGCAUAUACAAAUUUUCUCAGCAUGAGAAAUAAAAUUUGUAAUGCCGAUUUACCCAUAAGAAAAAAAUUUGUAAUGCAUGAUGGCAAUACGAGUAGGCACGAUAAUUUUGCAUUGCAUACACUUGUCCAGCCUGAAAACCGCCGGAGGCGUCAACUUAUCCCGGUCGGCGAAGGGGGUGUAGGCUAUCCUGAGUAAAAACGUCCCCACCCCAGAGUUGUCAUGCAAAUCUGCAUGGUAAAAAUGCCUCUCAUGCGGAGCCCCAUGACAGGCAUUUUUUAGUCGUGUCUCGCAAUUUGUCAUGCUCCAAUCGGCAUGGUGCGCUGGAUCUGUGAUGCUGCUCAUCUAGCUAAACAGGAUUACACCACGAGGCCAAAUUUGUAAUGCAGAACUCCCAAAACUUGCAGAUUUGUGUUGCAGACUUCCCAUUUUGACUAUGGUGUGGAGAUGCUUUUACAUAUGAUAUAGGCGGGGGAGUUCUUAGUUGUACUACAGGGAGUUUCGAAUAGAUCUAUGAUUUCCCCUUGAACUAUGUAAAAUCAGAUGCAGAUGCAGCGGAAACAAAGCAAUGUGAAAACAUCAAUAAGAACUCAGUUGCAGUUCGUCCGUAUCAGAAUCAGAUUCAAAAGCCAUAAACAGGCUGAAAAUAAUAGACAUGUAAGAUGGACUUGUUUAUUGCAUUCUUCAUUCAAAACCAUGAUUCGCACAAAUUGAAGUUUGAUUUUCUAGACCGGUUGAGACACCGAUCGCCAGCUACUUACAAGCAGGAAUAUAGAUAGUACGAUAGACAGUCACUCGCUCGCCUAAAGAAGCGAGCACACGAUUGAUUUUCUAGAUUCUUUGACAUUCGCACCAGGAGCAGGGCUUCAUGCACCUCUUGAACUCGUUUUGAUGAAACGCAUCUUGGUUGAACUCUUGUAAAACAUUUUUUUUGGAAAAGUCAAAAUGUACAAAAAUGACGUAAAAUUCUCAUUU